UGUUUUGAAUGGUUCUUGUUCCUAAGUUUACAUUAGAUACGAUAAAUAAUUAAUGUGACGUUAUAAGAGAUCGACAAAAUAUGUCUUUAGAUUAAUCUUUGUUGUUAAAUUAUUUCCUAUUGAUUAAAUCUUCUUCGCGUAUAUAAUAAAUUUUUAAGAAUUUUUAAAAUUUUUUUAGGUUAAGUGUAGGUUAAAAGAAAAGGUAAUAUGUAUACCAAAGUCUAUCGAAAAAUAUUGAAUUGCUAUGGAAAGCAAAUACACACCGAUGUAUCUAGAAUUUUAUUUAAUCAAUAUUAUGAUGCGACUCACAAAAAAAGGAUACGUUCUUCGCGUUUAUAUUGGAGCGGUUUCGGUAUUUUGGUAAUUGGUUUUACUUAUGCUUCGGUGCCCUUAUAUAGAAUAUUUUGUCAGUCGUAUAAUUAUGGUGGAACGUUAUCUGUCAAUCAUGAUAACACCAAAGUACAAUCUAUGAAACCUAUUAAGGAUAGAGUGAUAAAAAUAAAAUUUAACGCCGAUAUAGGAGCUAUGAUGCAAUGGAAUUUCAAACCGCAACAAAAUUUCAUAAAAGUUAUGCCCGGAGAAACUGCUUUGGCAUUUUAUAGAGCUCAAAAUCCGUUAGAUAUACCGAUCACUGGUAUAUCUACUUAUAAUGUAGUUCCGUACGAAGCUGCGCAAUAUUUUAAUAAAAUUCAAUGUUUUUGUUUUGAGGAACAACGACUUAAUCCUCAUGAAGAGGUCGAUAUGCCAGUGUUUUUUUACAUUGAUCCAGAAUUCGUUAAUGAUCCUAAAAUGGAGGAUGUAGAAGAAAUUGUACUUUCUUAUACGUUCUUUGAAGCGAAAGAAGGGAUGAAAUUACCUAUGCCAAAUUUUAUGAAACAAUGAUAAAGAUUAUGAUAAAAGAUGUGUUAGUAUUUCAAUGAAUAUUUAUUUCAUAUUUAAUAUCUUGUUUAUAAAUGUGAUGUGAAAUAUUAUUUUAUCUUUAUUUAUCUAAAAAGAACUAUAUGCGAUAGGAUAUGAUGAUACGAUAUAAUAAUAAUUUUAUAAGUAAACGUUAAAACUUAAAGAGAAUAUUAAUCGGAUAAGCGCGUCUAAGACUUGAAACCUUUUCUUGAUCGAUGUGUAUCGCGUCAAUUUUCAACGCAAGAUCGUGUUCCAACGUUGUUUGUGCUUUUAAUAAGUUUUGAUGUUGAUUCUCUAGUUCUUUCAAUUUACUGUACAUUCUUUCCAUUUGAUGAUUUAUUUCGUCGAUUUCUUUUUGGAGACUGUUAACACGAUUACGUACAUUAACAUUACGUUAAAAUUAAAUCUAAUUAUUGGAAAA